GCCUUCAAACUUAGAAAGUUAAAACCCCAUCGUCUCUUUCAGCCGCCUAAACUUCUUGCUUUCUCUGUCUCAAAUGGCGACUCUCACUCACCCGCACCAGCAAACUCAUCUAUUCUCCAAAAUCUACCUCAAACCCAAACCAAAAUUUACUACUUCACCUUCCAGAAUUCGAAUGUCCCUCCAAGAAAACGCCCCCUCCCUCGCCGUCGUGGGCGUCACAGGCGCAGUGGGUCAGGAAUUCCUUUCCGUCCUAUCCGACCGUGACUUCCCUUAUCGCUCUAUCAAAAUGCUUGCCUCCAAACGCUCUGCUGGGAAACAGCUCUCUUUCCAGGACAGGAACUACACGAUCGAGGAACUGACAGCGGAGAGCUUCGAUGGGAUUGACAUUGCGCUGUUCAGUGCUGGAGGGUCUAUUAGUAAGCAGUUUGGGCCUGUGGCGGUGGAGAAGGGUGCGGUUGUGGUUGAUAAUAGUUCGGCUUUUAGGAUGAAUGAGGGGAUUCCGCUGGUGAUUCCUGAGGUGAAUCCGGAGGCUAUGGAAGGGAUUAAGGUUGGAAUGGGAAAGGGGGCUUUGAUUGCGAACCCAAAUUGCUCUACUAUUAUCUGUUUGAUGGCUGCCACACCUUUGCAUAGACAUGCCAAGGUGCAACGCAUGGUUGUUAGUACUUAUCAGGCAGCCAGUGGUGCUGGUGCUGCCGCAAUGGAGGAGCUGGAGCUGCAGACUCGUGAGGUCUUGGAAGGAAAACCACCCACGUGCAAAAUCUUUAAGCAACAGUAUGCUUUUAAUUUAUUUUCACAUAAUGCACCGGUCCUAUCAAAUGGAUACAAUGAAGAGGAAAUGAAAUUAGUUAAAGAAACUCAAAAAAUUUGGAAUGACAUGAAUGUUCAAGUCACUGCUACAUGUAUCCGAGUUCCUGUCAUGCGCGCACAUGCUGAAAGUGUUAAUCUUCAAUUUGAGAAGCCCCUUGAUGAGGACACAGCAAGAGAUAUUCUGAAGAAAGCCUCUGGGGUGGUGGUUAUUGAUGACCGUGCAUCAAAUCACUUCCCUACGCCAUUGGAGGUAUCAAACAAAGAUGAUGUUGCAGUUGGUAGAAUCCGCAGGGAUGUGUCUCAAGAAGGGAAUCAUGGGUUGGAUAUCUUUGUCUGUGGAGAUCAAAUACGCAAGGGGGCUGCUUUUAAUGCCAUUCAGAUAGCUGAGUUGCUGCUAUAGUCCAAUUAGUUUUAGUGUUGGGUUUUGUAUCAUGUUUAAUCACUGGUGAGACGAGGUGAUUUUGUAUCAUUUAUAAUUUUAUUGUUGAGCUGCGGAUAUUUAUCUUUGCAUUGAGGUUGAGCAAAUUUGGUUUAA